CAAAUGUGAAGGCGGAUCCAGUGAGAUUGAGGAGGAUCCACCGAUCCAGUAAGAGCCAAUCGUGAGGAGGGCUUCAUGAGAUUGAGUGGAAAAAAUUAUUAUCAGAUAUUGACUAAUAAAUAGGUGCCAUUUGGAUUUAUUAGCUUGGGCUACUUCUCGUAACAGCUCCUUUUAUGGAUUUCUUGUAGCCCGUCGGCAAUCCCGUUAUAAGAGACGUUACUACAUUUAAGAUCAAAUAGCCCAAACAGCUUGAGAAGAAAAUGUGAGUCUGCUGUAAAUCGAAGCUCUAGCUCCCAAGAACCCGAACCCGAACCCGAACCCUAACCCUAACCUUCAAUUCCGAGUUGAUGUAUUAUUGCGAGCAUCGAUGACGUCGAUGACCAAGGCCCUCUCCCUCCUUCCGUUCCAAUCCAUCUUUCCGCAGAUUAUUUCAAUUCGUGAUGUCAAGGGUUGGAAUUCCAAGACUCUGCAAUCGUUUCGAUUAGAUUCUCGUUGGUUGAGGCGCACUCGAGGGGACUCUAGGCCCCUUAUUUCGGUCAGAGCGUCUGGAGAUGCUCUUGAUUCCAGUGGCGAUAGCGAGCGUGCCGGAGAUGGUACCCCUGUGGAGGUGGAGGGGAAUCGAUUGGAUUUGGAAAGAAAACUUGGAUCCUUUAGAGAGUUGGGGAACGCUCUGCCUCCUGCUGUCCUUGUGAUAAAAAGAAAUAGUGUUUCAAAAUUUGCAAUAGCUUUAUAUAUUGCAUUUGCGUUUUUGGCGAUCGCUGCAAGACAAAUCAUGCUUAAAAAGAAAAAUCAUCAUCAAGGAUCUGUUGCUGAUCUGGUGAGACGAGGCCAGUUGAGAUCUGAUAGAAGAGGCAUCUCAAAGCCUAUGAAAUAUGACGAUCCCUUUAAUAACCCCUUCAUAAAGUUUGGUAAGGGUGAUUCAACAAUUGAAAUGUUUGGAAAGGUUUAUCGCUUGGCUUCUGUAACCCUUACCAAAGAGCAACAGUCAGUCCAUCAGAAAAGGAGGUCACGUGCAUACCAGUGGAAAAGACCAACAAUUUUUCUGAAAGAAGGUGAUCCAAUACCACCAGAUGUUGACCCUGAAACGGUCAGAUGGAUUCCAGCUAAUCAUCCAUUUGCAACAACCGCUAGUGACAUUGAUGAGGACGUGGCGCAACAUAAUGUGUAUCAAAAACAUGGUGUUCCUUUUCGUGUUAAAGCUGAACAUGAAGCAUUGCAGAGAAAGCUCGAGUCUCUCCAAAGUGAGCAAAAGCUUAAUGAAGUGGCACUCGAUCUAAACAACAUCCGAGAUUUUGAAAGACCAUUUAAGACAUCAAUGAAACCACAGGACCCCGAGCCUAACUCAUCUGCCAAUCAGCAGAAUGGUCUCCUAACCUUGAAAUCUGAUGAAGAGACUGGUACAUCUGAUGGCGAGUCAUUUUCGGGUGAACUGAAGAAAUAUUAACAGGUGUUCUGGUCGCUUUUCCAGUUAUCUUGUGAUGGCCAUCUUCUCUGUCAUUAUUGAAAAUAGAUGGGAGUGGCCAGCACCUUUACAUGCAUACUGAAUUUUGAAUCUCUACAGAAAAGAAAAAGAUCCAAAGUUUUGGAACAUGCACAGUAGUUCAACUCAAAAACCGAGGCUGUAAAUAGAAUUGCUUGUAUCUAGCUUGCUGUUUUCAAGUCGGUUAUAGACAUCAAAAUUGCUGUUUUUCUUUCUGA